UGGUAGCUAGAGAUAGCUGGAAUUAGAGGGUUGUUACUCCGCCGACAGAGUGACUCUCGCAUACCCGGAGCGAAGUCGGACUAAGGGUAUACCAACACCAGAAACGGCGCCCAAGUUGCCGAGUCUCUAUUCUGGAUGGCGAUUUAAAGGAAUUUCUUGGAAUUUUGUUUCGACUGAUGUCCCCCAGAAACCUGUCCUCAUGGUCGGCUAGUUCCUUAGCUGCAUAGGCUUGCGAACACUAGUGGUUCUUUGGCUAUGUAACUCAUUGUGUUAUCUAAUUAUCAAUAGGUUGUGAGCCUAGUCGAAGCCAAACAUCCCCUCAAGAUGUUUAUUUCGUAAUUUGACUUCACGUUGGGAGAGAACAGAAACGAACAUCCUAUCCGAUCGAUCAUCAAUAGAUUGGACCGCGCGAGACCUCAAGGGAGAAAUAUGCAGGGUCCUUAUUGCUUACUAGUUUGGGUAAAUGUCGUCACACAAGGUAGAAAUAGAUCUCACAUGGAUCAAGCAGCUCAUAUGGUGCCAAGAUCAAGGUUGCGAGUCGAAGGCGCUAUAGGGGGAGCUUGCUUCACUAGCCAGGAACGUGAUCCUAAUCUACGGACCAAGUAAUUUUGCAUACACAUACUACACGCGAUCAAGUACCUUUUACCACCUCAAUUUGUAUGCAGCUACAUAUAUGUUGGUUUUCUUGCAUCUACAUCAACGCAAUCAAUUAGAAAGAUUGAUGGGUUCAACUGACUUUUUAAUAAAAAAUCAAAGCAAUAAAUAAAUAAAAGGAGGAAUUUUUUUAUUAUAUUUGUUUUUGUACAUGACCUGCAUUUUCCAAGUGUCCACCUUAUUAAUGCAAUUUUCUUUGCAAUUGCAUAUUAAUAGUCAUGUAGAGUUUAUAAUUGAUCAAAUACUAUUGAUGUGGAUGGUCUUACUAUUUGAUUGUAUAACUCCCAUACCCUUUGUUUGUCUAUUUUUUCAAAAUAAAUGAACAAAAGAAUGGGAAAAAUAUGUUUUUCAAGUCAUUGGUCGCUAUCUCUGUUUGGUUAAUUAAUAAAUUCUAUUAGUAUUUGGCAGAGGUUGUUCAGAUAAAUUCUGUGCUGGUGGGUCGUAAUCAUCCCUGAAAUGUUGAUUGGACGAGAGAGAUUUGAUUAAGCCCACCACCUCACCUAAUCUUAUCCCACUAAUGCAAGCUCAACAGUGUGGGGUACUCCUUCCAUCGUGGAAUCUACACUAAACACUUCCCAAUUCCCGAAAAACACUAAACACUUCAAAGAUACUGAAAUCUGUGGCAAAAUCUAUACCUAAUUAAACAAAACCCUAGGUUGUUAGCCAAAAUGUUUCUAAUAGAGAUCUCAUUAGUCCAACUGCCCAAGCGUGGCAGCCGCUAAAAUGAGAAUCAAUAGUGCAAUUCAGUAAUUGUGGUAGUUUGAUAGACCUGAAAAUUAUAACCCGACUCGUUUACUCAAUCGAAAUUUGUUCAAGAAAUUAAAGGGUUGUAGUUUUUAUAGCUUAAAUUUCAAACUUAAAUAAUACCUUUGUUUUCAAAGUUGGAAUGAAUGGUGAAUCGGAAAAAUUUAGCGGUUUAUGGUUCAGUGGUUAACCGUUGAUAGAACUGUUCAUGCACUAUAACAUAAAGAUAAAAAUAUAUAUAAUACUCUAGUGUGUGAAUGAAUUUAUCACUAACCAUAAAUAAUUUUAAAUUUAUAUCAUCCAUCGCCAAAAGUGCUAACAAAUCUCCUGAAGAUACCAUUGUAGCGAGGGCGGGUUUCUUCCCCGAGGGGUCGUUUGGUAGUUGUGAUUGUUAGAGUUGUGUUUAUUCAAUACAUGCAUUGUCCACAAUACAAUGUUUGGAAGUGUCAAAGUGUAAAACAAUUCAUCUAUUGUUUUAGGUAGGUCCCACCAACAAUCACGAAAAAUGAUGCAUUAUACAAUCUCAAUAAAAGUUGAGAUUGUUGAUUUUAGAUUUGUGUCCACUUUUUCUUUCCAUUUAUAUUCCUAUUAGUUUUUAUCUUAUACUAAAAGUUGAGGAUAAAUGUGACAUUUUCACAAAGUAACUUUAUGUUAGUCAAUACAUAAAGUAGAAUCUCAUCAACCAAACAAUUAUUAUUAAAAUGCAUUCAUUGUACCAAUACAUGUAUUUAUUUUGUUGCGAUUCAUUACAAUGCAACGAUUUAACAUUCGCAACUUCCAAACGACCCCUCAAAGAUUAGGCAGGCACGCAUGAAAGCAUAAUCAAGUCCUAGACUCGUCUGAAACCAGGGUGGAUUUCAAUUACGUCAGAUGCAGCUAAUUUCUCGAAUGGUGAUAUUGGGCUGGGAGUGGUUGCUCGGGGACAGUUAUAGGAAGUUUCGACUGGCUGCAGCAAAACGGAUGUCUAGUGGAUGGAGCGUGGAGAUGGCGGAGGCUCUGGCUGCCGAAAUGGGUGCACAAUUGACACCAUUGCUACAUACCACUAAACUGUUGCUCGAGUGCGAUAGUAUGCAGGUUAUAAGUAAGCUAAACCACUCGAAGGGGAACCAAAUUGAAGUGGGGGGUGAUUUGCCCCAGUAUCAGCCGGUGCCUGGAACGAACGGACGAGGCCAGAUGGAGACAUAUUCCAUCUGAUGUUAAGGACUUUCACCUUACAGGAUGACAUGAUGGUGUGGCUUGACAAACCACCAGAUUUUUUGAUUGAUCAAUUAAAACUUGAUGAUGUAACAGUUGUGCUUUGAUCAAUAAGAUUACAGGUUUCCCUAAAAAAAUCAUUCAAACUAUCUCACGAAAAGAAAUCGUAACUUUUUCAUUAAAUUCAAGUUAGUAUUUAGAGUGGUAAUCCGUAGUUGACCACUUAAAGCUGAAAAGGAGGCUGGAAAAUGAAGAAAGAAAGCAUAAAUAAAUUAGUUCAUGUUGGGUGAUCUUAGUUUAAGUUAAAGUAUUUCUUCUUAAUCUUAUUGUGGUUAAAGUAUUUUAACUAGUGGACUAAUCAAAGAGGGAUGAUUCUUUUGGUUUCAUGUAAACCCGUUAAAAAUCGAUCGGUCCAUCUCUAACCGUCCAACCAAAUGAGCCAAACCGCUAUUGGAAUUGGUUUGGUGGUUCUACCGGUACAGGAGUUGAUCCGAUUCGGUUUUUAUAACGAUGAUUAAUUCGUAAACUUUUGAGUUAGGUUGGGUGGGUCAAUCGGUCGAACCACACUAGUUCCUAUUCAUUUCGAAAAUAGUAAAAUCACUCAUAAUUUAGUGAAAUGUUUAAGAAAUUUUGCAAGAAUUU